AUGCUGGAGCAAGAUCAACUGGCAAUAACAAGUAAAAGCGAGCCACAGGACAAGAGCAAAGAGGCGUUUCUGUCGCCUCUGCUGGCUUUAAAGUCCGACAAGGUGGAGAAAGACGUGGCAAAAGUCGAUUUCACCCAGGGCGGUAUGGAGAAUUUCAAGUUCUACCCCGACAAUCCCAACAGCCAUCGCCACAAGUACAGAUGGUCAAUGAAAGGGCCUUCAAAGUUUUACGAUCCAUGCGAGGAGAGCCGGAUGGCGUCAAUGGACUGUCUUUACAGAAACCAGGAGGAUAAAUAUGUGUGUCAGGAGUUUUUUGACGCAUAUAGAGAGUGCAGAAAGGACUUUUUCAGGAAAAAGAGAACAGAUAAAGUAGAAGGUCAAAAGGGAUGGGGAUGGUGA